UCUAGCUGACAGAAGUGAGGCUGCCAUACACAGGCGCCACCAAUUACCAUUUCCAAAUUUGGCAUUUCUACUCAGAAGUCGGAAUAUCCGACCUCCGAUUAAGGUUCAGGGUUAUUUUAAAAAUGUCAUCUGGAACCCCCACGAAACUCGGAAUUAAGAGUCGGAGAGUCGAGGCAACACGAGCAUACCCGACUUCCGCAUUCAAGAUGGUUGCUACUCGCCUGGUAAAACGUUUCUACUGUGACGGUUUUUAGCGGCUCUUUAUUAUUUAUGCAACAUUUAGUCAGUUGUAGGCGAACUACUUUCAGUGUUUAUAAGACGAGAUGUUUCAACGCUGUUUAUAUGCACGAAAUAGCGCGUAGAUCAGUGUUAUUGUUGUAAGGCUGCUGUUACAGUUGUUAUCAAUACGAACGAAAACAAGCAGGAAACUGGAACGCUACAACCCGGAAAUGACCCCAGAAGCGGGAGUGUUGAUAAAGCUGUAAGAGAGCUGCAGCAGCAGCAGUUGAUGAACUCUGGAAAGAAGUCCAGCAGCUUGAGGAACAUCUGGUCAAAGAAACUGGAGGGAAGCAGGAGCUCAAACAGCGGCAGGACGCAGCAGAGGAAGAGACACCAGAUGAUGGAUGAUGUUUUCCAGCCCAGAUUAGUGCUGCCAGCAGAUGUUAAAGAAGAGGCUCCUGAAGAACAGAGUCCUGAUGUGGAUCAGCAGGAGCCAGAGCCCCUCCAGAUAAAGGAGGAACAGGAGGAACUCUGGACCAGUCAGGAAGGAGAGCAGCUCACUGUGAAGGAGGAGACUGAUACCAGGUUUCCAUUAACUGCAGCUCCUAUCAAGAAUGUUAAAGAAGAGGCUCAAAAAGAACAGAGUCCUGAUUUGAACCAGCAGGAGCUGCAGCUCCAUGUAAAGGAGGAAAGUGAAAGAAUCUGGGCCAGGCAGGAUGGAGAACUACUGAAUGUGAAGAAGGAGACUGAUGAUACCAGGUUUCCAUCAACUGUUGUUCAUAUAAAGUGUGAAGAGUUUGAGGAGAAACCUCUACUCCCUCAGAGUCAUCAACAGCAAAAAGAAGAUAGAGAUCUCCCAAGCAGCAGUUCUGGUGACCAGAUUAAAGCAGAAAUUAAAGUAGAGGACUGUGGAACCGCAGAAUCCAGCAGGAACCCAGAUCUAAAUACUCAUGGAGGCACUUCCAACUAUUCAGAGACUGAAGACAGUGAAGAUGAUGAAGAGGAUGAUGAUGUGAAGCAUCGUGAAUCUGAGCUUAAACACUUAUCAGACUCUGAAACUGAAGACAGUGAGGAUGAUUGGAAGGAGAGCAGGACUCCAGGGUCAGGCAGAAACACUGUCAACAAAUCUUUGAGCUGCUCUGAGUGUGGGGGAAAAUUUGCUACCAGACGCUCUCUUCAGAGUCACAUGACAUGUCAUCCAAGAUUAACGUCUUCAGAUUGUUCUGGUAAUGAGACGUGUUUCAGAGAAAAGAAAAACAUAGAUUCGUAUAUAAUGGAUUCACUGACAAAAGUCCAGACGAGUAGUAAAAAUUUUAACUGUGGUGAGUGUGGGGAAACUUUUAACAGGAAACAAAAACUAAACAUACACAUGGAAAUCCACACAGCAAACAAACCCUUUGGAUGUGAUGUUUGUGGGAAAAGAUUUAACCAAAAAACAACUUUAAAGCACCAUAUAAAAACUCACACAUGGGAGAAAUCCUUUGGUUGUGAUGCAUGUGGAAAGAGAUUUAACCAAAAGUCAUAUUUAAACAAACACAGGAGAAUCCACACAGAAGACAAACCCUUUAGUUGUGAUGUUUGUGGAAAAAGAUUUGACCAAACCUCUGAUUUAAACAAACACAUGAGAAUCCACAUUGGAGACAAACCUUUUGGUUGUGAUGCAUGUGGAAAGAGAUUUAAACAAAAAUCAAAUUUAAACAAACACAUGAAAAUCCACACAGAAGACAAACCCUUUAGUUGUGAUGUUUGUGGAAAUAGAUUUGCCUACAUGUCACUUUUAAAUGGACACAUGAGAAUUCACACAGAAGACAAACCCUUUAGUUGUGAUGUUUGUGGAAAAAGAUUUGCCUGGAAGUCAGUUUUAAACAGACACAUGAGAAUCCACACAGGAGACAAACCCAUUGGUUGUGAUGCAUGUGGAAAAAGAUUUGCCUGGAAGUCAGAUUUAAACAUACACAUGCAAAUCCACACAGGAGACAAACCCUUUGGUUGUGAUGCAUGUGGAAAAAGAUUUGCCUGGAAGUCAGAUUUAAGCAUACACAUGCAAAUCCACACAGGAGACAAACCCUUUGGUUGUGAUGCAUGUGGAAAGAGAUUUAAACAAAAGUCAAAUUUAAACAGACACAUGAAAAUCCACACAGAAGACAAACCCUUUAGUUGUGAUAUUUGCGGAAAGAGAUUUGCCUACAUGUCACUUUUAAACGGACACAUGAGAAUUCACACAGAAGACAAACCCUUUAGUUGUGAUGUUUGUGGAAAAAGAUUUGCCUGGAAGUCAGUUUUAAACAGACACAUGAGAAGCCACACAGGAGACAAACCCUUUGGUUGUGAUGCAUGUGGAAAGAGAUAUUACCAAAAGUCACAUUUGAACAGCCACAUGAGAAUCCACACAAGAGACAAACCCUUUGGUUGUGAUGCAUGUGGAAAAAGAUUUGCCUGGAAGUCAAAUUUAGACAUACACAUGCAAAUCCACACAGGAGACAAACCCUUUGGUUGUGAUGCAUGUGGAAAAAGAUUUAACCAAAAGUCAUAUUUAAACAACCACAUGAGAAUCCACAAAGAAAAUAAACCCUUUGGUUGUGAUGUAUGUGGAAAAAGAUUUGCGUUGAAACCAGUUUUAAGCAGACACAUGAAUAUCCACACAGAAGUCAAACCCUUUGGUUGUGAUGCAUGUGGAAAAAGAUUUGCCUACAUGUCACUUUUAAACGGACACAUGAGAAUUCAUACAGGAGACAAACCCUUUAGUUGUGAUGUUUGUGGAAAAAAUUUUGCCUGGAAGUCAGUUUUAAACAGACACAUGAGAAUCCACACAGGAGAGAAACCCUUUGGUUGUGAUGCAUGUGGAAAAAGAUUUGCCUGGAAGUCAGUUUUUAACAGACACAUGAGAAUCCACAAAGGAGAGAAACCCUUUGGUUGUGAUGCAUGUGGGAAAACAUUUUUCUCCAAGUCAAAUUUAAACAACCACAUGAGAAGCCACACAGGAGUCAAACCUAAAAACUUUACCUUUUAUGUCAGGUCUAAACCAACACACUAGAAUUUACAGAAGACAAAAAUUGAUGAUGGUCAGAGGGCUCGAUAGUGCCGAUGUUACAAUGUAGCUUACCACUGUCAGUGUGUUAAUGUGUGUAUGAACAGGUGUGGUUGCUGUUGUUGUAUGUGCAAAAUGUCUUGGUGGACACACAAAUGUCCUCACCAAAACUGGUUUAUGAUGUCAUUGUGUCAAUGAGUUUGUUGAGGUCAGUGGCUGCAGCUUAAAAAAACACUCCAAUCGAUGCAUUCAAAGCACGCCCGUACCUUCUGCUUUAAUUCCUCUGUCCACUUCUUUAUAGUCCUUACCGCAGGCUUACAAGUUCUUUAUUUCUGUUGGUUUGUGUGAGCUGAAGCAGAUGGUGUUCAGAGUCCUGAAGCUGUUCAGGGCACAGGCCAAUAGGCAUCCUUUAAAACUGGGUAUCAGUGGUCAAGAGUGUUAGCAUCUCUGGUUGAGCUCUCUGUAUUUAGGAAGUUCAUAAGUGAGAUUUGUGCUGUAAAAUAUUGGAGAACAAUGAUGGGGGAGUCUUGGUGUUGGUUCUUCCACAUCUGUAAUUUAAUGUAAUCUGUAAUUGGUUUUCUGUAAGGACAGCCUGGAACUGUCUUGCACAAAUAUUAUACCUGACAAUGACUGGUGUUUUUUCUUCCUAUCUUAUCCCCCUGCUUCCCUUCCUCUUUGUCACUGACUCUUCCUUAUUUUGUUUUGUUUAACAAGAUGAUUUUCAAACCUUA